UGCCGCCAUCAGUGAAAGACAAAGACAGAGUUUAUUGAAGGACAGUGAGAAGAUGAGUGAUCCAGAACCCUGCAGAAUUAAACAGGAAGAGACUGAAGAACUAAUAGAUGUGAUGGUGAAGGAGGAAGAACUGAGUGAAGGUGAGGAGAAACAUCAUGUCAAAAGUGAAACUGAAACUCACACAAAAACCGAGCAUCGCUUUUCAAUGCAAAGAACAGCCGUCAACGAUAUCACCUGCACUCAGUGUGGAAAGAGUUUCAGCUACAAAAACAAUCUCAAUAUUCACAUGAGGAUCCACACUGGAGAGAAACCGUACACAUGCGCUCAGUGUGGGAAGAGUUUCAGACACUCGGCAUCGUUUAAUAAACACACGAUGAUCCACAAUGAAGAGAAUCCACAUGAAUGCGAUCAGUGCGGCAAAACAUUUUCAAAUUAUUUCGAGCUGAAGAAACAUUUUAGAGUUCAAACAAACGAGAAGCCGUAUUCAUGCUGUGUGUGUGCAAAGAGUUUUACACGAAAGUCACAUUUAAGGAAGCACCAGAAGAUCCACACUGGUGUGAGACAGCAUAUGUGCUUUGAGUGUGGGAAGAGUUUUAUUAGAGCUGCAGACUUGAGACGACACCAGAUGAUCCACACCGGAGAGAAGCCGUACGCGUGUUCACACUGCGGCAAGAGAUUCAGACAUUCAACACAUGUGAAAGCACACGAGAGGAUUCACACUGGAGAAAGACCAUACACAUGUAGUGUUUGUGGGAAGAGUUUCAGGCGCUCAUCAAAUCUUAAUGAACACAAGAUAAUCCACACUGGAGAGAAAACGCACAAAUGUGAGCAGUGCGGCAAGACUUUUUUAAGGCCUUACGAGCUGAAGGAACACCUUAAAGUCCAUUCAAUGGAGAGGCCUUAUUCAUGCUCCGACUGUGGAAAGAGUUUUAAAAAUGUGUCAUAUUUAAAUAAACAUCUGAAGCUCCACACUGGCCUGAGAAAGCAUGAGUGCUUUGAGUGUAAAGAGACUUUUGUUUAUUCUGCAAGCUUGAAACGACACCAGAGGACUCACACUGGAGGGAAACCGUACACAUGUACUCAGUGUGGGAAGAGUUUCACACAGUUAUCACACCUUAAAAAACACAUGAGGAUCCACACUAGAGAGAAAACACAAAUGUCAUCAUAACACAACACAUGCUUUCACAUUUCACUUUCCUUUAAGGGGAACCAAGUAGCACAUUUAUCUAUUUAUUGACAGGACGACUGGUUGCAAUCGAGGGAAAGAUCAAUGCAGUACAGCAAUAUCCUGAACGAAAACCUUCUUGAGAGUGCUCAGGACCUCAGACUUUACCUUCCAACAAGAUAACGACACUAAGCACACAGCUAAAAUAACAAAAGAGUGGUUUCACAACAAUUCUAGAAUGGCCCAGUCAGAGCCCUGACUUAAACCCAAUUGAGCAUCUCUGGAGAGACCUGAAAAUGGCUGUCCGCCAAAGUUUACCAUUCAACCUGAUAAAAAUGGAGAGGAUCUGCAAGGAGGAAUAGAAGAACAUCCCCAAAUCCAGGUGUGAAAAAUAGGGUUGGGUACCGAAACCCGGUGCCAUAAUAGCACUGGUACCUUCGUAACCGGUAUGUACCGGGCUGAAUCAGCAUAUAAAUUUCAGUGCCACUGGUGCUGCGACAAGGACGUAAGAAGCAUCAUGGGGUGCAUCAAAGGCACACAUAGGCGUUGUCACACCAUCUCUAAAUAUUUAAUCCUAAACAACUUUGAGGAAUACGGACAGGCGAUGUCAGGCGAUGGUUGUUGUUGCUUAGGGAACGGACGCAUGCAACACACAGUACAGCGGAUUCGGUGAGCGAGAAAGACUCUUCAGAUCAACAUGCAUGAUCGCGUUCAUCAAAUUCGCUUAAACUAAGCGUUCUAAAGCGCAUUUUACAAGCAAGGGUUCUGACACAGCGUGAAGCAGACGCUUUACAAAAGUUGCGUGUCAGGGGGAAACACGUCAAACUUAAUGACACAUUUGAGGGUUCAUAGCAGAGGAAUGCACUGUCUAUGAAAGCUUGUGACAUCAUCUGGCACUUUCACUGAGUACGUACAUGGACACCAGUGCUCCUAUUUUAAUAUGGUUAAGACAAUACUCUGAUUAAGAGUCUAGACUAACCAUGUAAACAGUGAUUUUUGACUAUCUUAAAGGACCACAGACACCUGCGUUGUGAAAUGAAGACGUUUUGUCUUUCCAUUCAACAUGCGGUAUCAAAUUCUAUUAAAGAGCACUAUUCCACCAGUCCUUACUUUAAUGCUCACAUCAAAUACCUCAGUUGGUCAUGGGGGCAUGAAUGAAAUGUUCCUAAAUGAAAGUGAAACUGCAGUUAAAGUCUAACUGAAAAACCUGAAAUUACAUGAAACUCUGGAGGAAACAUGGAUAGUGCGGUGACGCAAUGAUGUUAAUCGAUCUAUGCACUAUAACAUGUAAGACGGGAUCAUGAAAGGAACAUUUAAAAAGCAACUCAUAUAAACACCUUAAUCAUAUGAUUGUCUUAUUCAGAUUAAGUCAAGUCAUUAGAUUACUGAUAACCAUGUAAACAUAGUCACAAGCCCCAACUCUAGAAAAAAGGAGUUCAGUAUUUUGAUGACAGCAUUUCCAGAGGUUAGUAGUUAGCUAAUGUCAUUUUAUAAUGCAAAUCUUAAAUACAUGCUAACCAACAAAUGAUCAAAGGAAAUAUAUUAAUGUAAUUUAAAUAUAUAAAAUAUGAGUUGAUGUUUACUUUAAACUUUAUAUUGUUCUAUUUAAAUGAUUUUUAAAAAGAUUUUGUCAAAUAAAAGAUUUUUCUAGAGUCAUCCACCGUAAUUUUGUGGCUCAAAAGUAUUGCUGCAGGCACCGUUUAGGCACAGGUACCGAUUUAAAAGUAUCGAUUUAGCACCGGUAUCGAAAUAACCCCAAACGAUACACAACCCUACUGAAAAACUUGUUGCAUCUUUCUCAAAAGACUCAUGGCUGUAUUAGAUCGAAAGGGGGCUUCUGCUAAAUACUGAGCAAAGGCUCUGAAUGCUGAGGACCAUGUGAUAAUACUGAGGACCAUGUGAUAAUACUGAGGACCAUGUGAUAAUACUGAGGGCCAUGUGAUAAUACUGAGGACCAUGUGAUGCUUCAGUUUUUCUUUCUUAAUAAA